AUGGUUUUGCUAAAUCCAAGAUUGAUUACCUUGUUAUUUUCUUUGUUGAUUCUUGUCCCACAUUUUUCAUAUUCCGAAGUCUCAAUUUCAGUGACUCCAAAAACCAUUCCAAAGUCAGGGGAUGAAGUCACGAUCAAAUGGUCCGGGGUUGAUUCCCCUACAAAGCUCGAUUGGCUCGGUAUUUACUCGCCGGCGAAUUCAUCCCACAAAGACUUCAUUGGCUACUUCUUCCUGUCUUCCUCACCCGGUUGGGAAUCUGGGUCGGGAUCCAUUUCUUUCCCUCUAAUCAAUUUGAGAUCUCCGUACCAGUUUAGGAUUUUCCGGUGGUAUGAGUCGGAAGUCAACACCAAACAUCACGAUCACGACCAAAAUCCUUUACCUGGGACGAAACAUUUGGUGGCUGAGUCGGAUGCAAUCGGGUUUGAACCGGGUCGCGGUCCUGAGCAGAUACACUUGGCUUAUACCGGUAAGGAAGAUGAGAUGCGGGUCAUGUUUGUGACUCCAGAUGGUAAAGAGAACUCUGUGAAAUAUGGGUUGAGCCAGGAGAAAUUGGAUCGGGUAGUAGGGACUCAGGUUGUGAAGUAUGAGAGGGAGGAUAUGUGUGAUUCUCCAGCCAAUGACAGCAUAGGGUGGAGGGACCCUGGAUUUAUUCAUGAUGGGGUUAUGAUUAAUCUGAUGAAAGGAAAGAGAUAUUUUUAUCAGGUUGGUAGUGAUUCUGGUGGCUGGAGCGUCAUCCACAGCUUCGUCUCACAAGAUCUAAAUUCAAACGAAACCGUAGCUUUCUUAUUUGGAGACAUGGGGACAGCAACACCAUACUCAACUUUUCAUCGCUCACAGCAGGAAAGUAUAGCUGUGAUUAAGUGGAUUAGUCGUGAUAUUGAAGCUCUGGGUGACAAGCCUGCCUUAAUUUCACAUAUUGGAGACAUAAGCUAUGCUAGAGGCUACUCAUGGUUGUGGGACAAUUUCUUUAAUCAGAUUGAACUGGUUGCCUCCCGGGUUCCUUAUCAUGUAUGCAUUGGUAACCAUGAAUAUGAUUGGCCUCUGCAGCCUUGGAGACCCGAGUGGUCCUAUGCAAUGUAUGGAAAAGAUGGCGGCGGCGAAUGUGGUGUACCUUACAGUCUCAGGUUCAACAUGCCUGGAAACUCUUCUGAAUCAACAGGAACACGUGCACCGGCCACUAGGAAUUUAUAUUAUUCUUUUGACUUGGGACCUGUACAUUUUGUAUAUUUUUCAACUGAAACAAAUUUUCUUCCUGGGAGUAAGCAGUAUGAGUUUCUGAAGGAGGACCUGGAAUCAGUUGAUAGGAAAAGGAUGCCUUAUGUUGUUGUCCAAGGACACAGGCCAAUGUACACUACCAGUUAUGAAACCAGAGAUGCCCCUCUUAGGAUGAGAAUGCUUGAGCACUUGGAACCUCUGCUUGUGAAUAACAACGUGACUCUUGCGCUUUGGGGACAUGUACAUAGAUAUGAAAGGUUUUGCCCAUUAAAUAAUUUCACUUGUGGAAGCUUAGGCAUGAAUGAACAGGAUUGGAAGGCUUACCCAGUUCAUGUCGUGAUUGGGAUGGCUGGCCAAGAUUGGCAACCUAUAUGGGAACCAAGACCAGACCACCUCGAGGUUCCUGUUUUCCCUCAGCCUGUUCGAUCUAUGUAUAGAGGAGGGGAAUUUGGUUACACCAGGCUUGUCGCUACCAGGGAGAAACUCAUCUUCUCCUAUAUAGGAAACCAUGAUGGAGAGGUGCAUGACUCUGUGGAAAUCAUGGCAUCAGGUCAAGUCAUCAAUGGUGAAGGUGUCAAUGGCAUUGUUAUGAGCAAAGCUGAAGUAGAAUCUUCUGGGAACAAAAAAAUUACAGAAUCAGCAUUCUAUUGGUAUGUAAAGGUGGGUAGUGUAUUAUUUCUUGGAGCUUUUAUUGGUUACGUUGUUGGGUUCGUAUCUCAUUCUAGGAGAGAUGCUGCAUCUGGUAGGAACUGGACGCCAGUUAAGAAUGAGGUUAUAUAG